AGACCGCGCUUGAUCUCAUAUACAUAGCUCGCUCGUUGGUGCUGCACAGUCCACUGGUUUUGGCGACGGACUACUGCUUGUCUUGGGUCGCGACUCGCGAGCCAGCCGAACUGACAGUCUUGGGACGACAUGCAGCUGUCGGGCUACGAGGCCCUCUCACAAGAAGAGAAUAUUGGGCUCGAGGACCAUGCUUUGUCCAGUGUCCUCCAUGCAGAUGACCUGGAACCCAUCACUGUAAAGCCAACACCCUACUAUGGAGAUGGCCCAUUCGAUCCUCCAAGCUCUCCGAGUGUCGACGAGGAAGCCGAUGAGCUACUGGAGAAGCCCCACGCAGCCUCACCAGACCAAUCCGAGCGCAGCCGUGCGGAACUACAAGAUGAUGGCCAGCUCGUCGUCGGUUCUCGCAGGCGUCCGUCAUCUCUCAUAUUCCUCGUCGUCUCCCUCGUGCUAUUGGUGGGCACAGCCGGAGUGAUAGGUGUAUUUGCUGCACGCUCAUACACCGGAACCCCGUUCCGCAUACAAGGCACCAAACACAUUACUAUGGACCAUAUCUUCAAUGGGACCUUCUCUACGAAAUGCGAGAGCAUUCUGUGGGUGCCGGAAGCUGGGGAUGGCGUCUUUGCAACACAGAAGGGCGGAUAUAUUACUCUCGUAGACCUGAAGAGCAAUUCGAGCAGAAAUCUCGUCGCUUUGGCGGACAUGAAAGAUGAACAUGGCCGUCGUCUGUCCACCUCUUCUUGGAAGCUAUCUGCCGAUAUGAGGUAUAUGUUGUUAGAGGCUGACUCCGUGAAGCUGUGGCGGCAUUCUAGCUACAGCAACUAUUACAUCCAUGACCUGCAGACCCAAUCGACAUGGCCACUCAUACCCCCUACCUAUCCUCCUGUGACGGCAUAUGCCAGCUGGUCACCGACCGGACAGUCAAUAGCAUAUGUGGUGAACAACGACCUUUAUAUGGUGACUUCUCCAUCGGUCUCGGCCGCUUCCAUUCGCGUCACCACAACUGGCAACGCAUCGAUGUUCAACGGUGUUCCAGACUGGGUGUACGAGGAGGAAGUCUUCUCUAGCAACUACGCAUUCUGGUGGUCGCCAGACUCGAAGCAUCUCGCCUUCCUUACCUUCGAUGAGACUGCUGUUGAUGAGUUCACCUACCCGAUCUAUAACCCAACCGAGGACUCGUACACCGUCGUGCCAUACCCAAAGCAGGUGACGAUGAAGUACCCGAAGCCGGGAUACAACAACCCCCUCGUGCAGGUGUUUGUAUUCCAGCUGGAUGAGUACCUUGCGAGCACCGCGAGCAACCGUACGCAGGCUGUCAGGAACGCGUCGCUCGAGCUUGAUUGGGAUAGAAGGUUGCCUGCGGAUAAUAGCAUUAUCUCUGAGGUGGCUUGGGUGGCUAACUCCACGCUAGUUGUGCGAGAGGUCAAUCGUGCUGCUACCAAUGGUACGGUGGUCAUGUUUGAUCUCAGCUCUGAGUCGAGGGGUCGAGGCCACGUAGUCAGAAGGCUAGGAAAAGAUGGUGAGCAGGGCGAUGGUGGCUGGAUAGAAUCUGAACAGAAAAUAUACCCCAUUCCUGCACGUCUGUCUCCGGAUGGACAUGCAUCAUACCUAGAUAUUGUCCCGACAGCUGACGGGUAUAAUCACAUUGCACUUUUCAGUCCGGUGGACUCUAGCACUCCGCGGUUCCUGACCUCUGGAGACUGGGAAGUCACCGGGUCAAUUCUGGCCGUGGAUGCGAAACGCAGCCUCGUGUACUUCCAAGCGGCCAAUCCUGGAUCCCUACAACGUCAUAUCUAUUCUGUGCCGCUUCCUGCAAUCAGCUCUUCCGGAGCGGUCGAACCUAGCGCUCUCACGGACACCUCCAGCCCAGCUGUGUAUGAAGCUGACUUUUCUCCCAAAGGCGGCUUCUAUCUCCUAAGCUAUAAUGGGCCACAGGCACCUUGGCAGAAGGUCAUAGAAUCUGGUGGAGACGGUCUAGAAUACGUGUUGACUGACAAUCCGCAAGUUAACGAGACUUUGAACCGGUUUGAGAUGCCUGUCGUUACGCAUUCCACGAUCGAGAGCGAUGACUACGAGCUCAAUUUCGUGGAGAUUCGUCCGCCAAGGAUGGAUGACACCGGGCGGACCAAGUAUCCCGUUCUGUUCCGCGUGUAUGGCGGACCAGGCUCGCAGCUCGUCAGCCUGUCUUACACGCACGACUGGCACGACUUCGUCGCGUGCUCUCUCCAGUAUAUUGUCGUGACGGUCGACGGGCGAGGUACUGGAUACAAAGGCCGAAAAUUGCGGAAUGCUGUCAAAGAUAAUCUGGGAUAUUGGGAGACGCAGGACCAGAUCAAUGCUGCAAAGAUCUGGGCGGCCAAGGAAUAUGUCGAUCCGGACCGUAUUGGCAUAUGGGGAUGGUCUUACGGAGGAUUCAUGAGCUCUAAAGUCAUCGAGGCAAAUGCUGGGAUACACAGCCUGGCCAUCGCCGUUGCGCCUGUGACGAGCUGGCGUCUAUACGACUCCAUCUACACCGAACGAUACAUGGACCUACCCGUCGUCAACCCAGAAGGUUACGUGACAGCGUCCAUCUCAAACGUAACCGGCUUCCACGACGUGGACUUCCUUCUCGCGCACGGCAGCGGAGACGACAACGUGCACUUUGCCAACUCUGCGCACUUGAUAGACAUGUUCACCCGCGAGCAUGUGCGGGACUUUGAGUUUAGGAUGUUCACUGAUAGCGAUCAUAGUAUAACCAGGCGCGAUGCGAAUAGAGAAUUGUAUGAGUUCAUGACGGCGUUCUUGAUUGAGAGAUGGGGCAAGGGAGGGAAACGGAGGAGCUGGUAGAAAAACGAGCGUACAUUCCCUUGACCCGUCGAACUUUCUUAGAUGUCGCUCAGUUGUAGGACAUGGCCUUGUAUUUAUUUGGCAGAGGAUUGUGCACGCUAUCUUGGAGACUUCUCGCUUUUCGUGGGCG